UACACCCAGCUCCGAGCAAAUCUCUGGAUUUUCACGGAUAACCGCGGGGGCGAGGCCCGGGGUGUCACGUCGAGGCUCGGGGAGGUGACCAAGGAUGGCGACGAGGAAGCGGACCACCGCGGAGUCCGGGGCCCGAGGUGGGGCGGACCUAUGAGUGUUCUGGAUAUGUCUUCUGUCGCGAGUGUCAGUCCGGGGCUUUGCCUCAUUCAGUGUCUCUAGCGCAGUCUAGGAUGGAUCCCAAGAUUAUGGAGUGAUGGCAAGAGAGGAUCCUAGAGGAAAGAGGCCCUUCAAGAUAUGGGACAGUUGGAGAAACAUAAGGAAAAGUUUGGUAGUCAACAGUCUUAAAGAUCUUGAAUUUCGAGGUAAAGAGAAGCUGAACGUUCCUCCCAAUGAGCCAGUGAGACUAGUGCUAGAGUCGGACGGUACACAGGUUGAGGAUGGGGAGUAUUUCCGCACUCUCCCCAACAACACUGUGAUUCUGCUGUUGCGGCAAGGCGAGCGCUGGUAUCCGACUGGUGUGGACGUCAUACGUACAGCAAUCUCAGCGAUCCCGAAGAUCGUAUGUGAAACAAUACAUGCGCUUGAACUGCAGAAUGAAACUCCCUCUUGGAAGAUCAUGGACAACAAAGGUCGAGUCACGGUCGUCCUACAUUGGGACCAGCGGCAGCAAGGCAGUAGCAGGAGCGAGCCAGGAACGGCAGCGUCGAGCGGGACAGCGACACCCAAGAAACAAUCUAGUCUGGUGAUACAGACGAGUGUGGACUCGAGCGGGAAGAAGGAGACGCUGAUCAACGAUGUGUAUCCGCCUCGCUACACGGCCAGUCCGCAGAUCACGGUCAUCAACCACGACGACAUUUCCGCGUCCAGUUCCUACCACCACCCGCGCCUCACCAAGCAAGGGUCGUCGUUCGAGAGCUCGACGAUCCACGUCCACACACCGGAGUGCGCCAACCACGCUCACCAGCCCUCCGUCUCUAGGAGUGGCUCCCCUAACAACAACAACAGCGAGUGCGACUUCCAUUGCUGCGCGCUGCAUGAGGAGGGACGCAAGAUCGCGGUGCACAAGUCGGUGGCGACCUCCCCGAUUCAAGACUCGCUGUCAACGUCGCCCCAACAGCACCCGUCGUCUAUGUCAGACGGCUCGCGCAGGGCUGCCGGAGUGCCUAAAGGUCAUGUUCGUUUUUUAGAUGUCGAGGGCGGUCACCGACAUGCCCCCGUCGACCACGAGAGUUCCGAGUCCGAAACGGAAAACACUGUCGUAGAAGACGAAGCUGUCACCACCGAGAAGUUUUUACUUUUGAUAGACCAGCUGUCGGUAGAUCAGAAGAGACACCUGACGAUUAAAGAUAUCGGUAUAAUAUUGGAAAGGUUGAGUUCCAAAAUCCUCGACGUGGAGAGGUUGGACAGAGAGAGUGAGAGCGACGAUUGCUACAACUGGACGAUCAAAGCGACGAUCCGAGGGGACGUUCUUCGAGAGUUGGGCGUCAUCUACAAUGGUAACUACUACGCCAUCUCCGAACACCCUGGGUACAAGGAGGAGUCAGAGGAAACACGAGAGGAUGUCGAGGAGGAGGAGGAAGAGGACGACAGACUGUAACUAGGCGGCGUGUUUAGUUUAGUUUGUUUAAAUAACAAAGUUAAAUUUCCAGUGGUUUAAUAUAUUAAAACAUAGGAUUUUUAUAGAUUUUUAGUGUCUAAAGGGUGCUCAUAACCCCUGUUGAAAAUUUAUUGUGUUACUCGGUGGUGAAACGCCCGCGUAUUUCUUCCACACCCCGUUACCGUACUCCCUAAACUAGAUGAACGAAGGCAAUCACGUGUUUUAAACCAAAAACUCCACUGUAUACUAGUUUUUUUAAUUACGUGCGUCGUGUAUAAAAACGUUUCGUUGUUAUCGUGCGUGUACGACUCGAACCUCCGAGUGACGCGGUUAUGUAAACUCAAUAUUUUUACGGCAGAACUACUAUGGGCGUUGGUUGUGCAGUGUCCACCGUCUCCACCGCUGGGACUUUCCAUUAUUCACCUUUUUCCAUUUAGUGAGUCGACUGUGUUUUUACAACUCUCCUCCAUUUAUUACAACUUUAGAUACAUUUGAGCAAUAGUAUACUAUAAAUAGUUGUUUUAUUAUACGUUGAUAAUUAGUUGGUAAUCAGUAUUAAGGUUGUGCUCUACUGGGGUGGAGAGUUCUUCUGAAUAGCUUGGUCAAGGCCUAUGGCUGUGAGGCGUGUGCCAAACCAUUACUAGUGUUUUCUAUAGAAUUUUGUACUUUUAUUUGCUGUUAGAAUUUACAAUUAUUUCAACAGGUACUUAAAACAUCAUAAGAAGUAAUUUGAUAAAAAUAUCCACCACUUUAACUAAGACAUUGAUUCUACUAUCACAGAAAAAAAUUUUG